GCUGUAGCUGCUUUACAUACACACACAUAUGUGGGGAAAAUAAAAGUUAUUCAACAGUAACACGUAUUUGUGUGUAUAAGUAGAGCGUUAACGCGAAUUUUUUUUUUAAGAUUCACGGACGGACGUAUUUGUUUGUUCAAAAUUUUUAAUUAGCUAACUAAGUGGCGCUUUGAUGUCGUGCAAACCGAAUGUGGUGCGUAGUGUUCAGCGGGGACCAAACUUUGCUGCAGCACACAUCGAAGGCACCUGGCUGCGCACCGGUUGAUUAAUUCCCAUCAACACAAUAAACACACCUUACUUACUUUUACCACACGUAUGUGCACCAAAUGUCAUUGCACACGGUGGACGAAGACAACGCUGAACAUGACAAGUCCAGAGCACAGGAACAGACAUGUGGCCAACAAUGUGGACCAGCUUGCUUUCAAAUACAUGGAGCUGUGCAAAGUGGAGUCCAGCACUGAUUCUGAAUCCGAGAUCAGUCCAAGAUGGUCAGACACCAGCGCUAUGGGAUGUGUGAGCAGUACACCUGAGAAGAGGACUUUUACCCGGACGUUGCCGUUAACACAUAAGCCUGUAGGAAGACAUGGCUGUUAUUCUUUGUUUUUGGACCCGUACGAUGGGAGCUCUGAGGAUUCUGACGAAUCCAAAGAUGUCGGGAGCUCCAGCAGGCAAACGAGGCAGCAGGGAAAAGUUGGUGGAGGAGGAGGAGGAGAAAGCGGCAGUCGGUUGCCGGGUAGGAACAGGAGAUUUAUCCUUCAUCACCCAGCUUCUGUUGCCAUGACAGAAGUGGCGAAAAAUGUGAUGAGAGAACCUGCAACGCCGCAGCAGCAGCCGCAGCAGCAGCCGCAGCAGCAACGUCUUUUAGAUGUCCAGAUGAAAUGUGGGAGUGACUCAGAGUUGUGUGUCUUGGACGUUAUAAACUCCCACGGUGAAAGGGAUUAUUGUAGAAAUCUUGCCAAUGACGCAACGAUGCACAGCCAAACCAUUGACACAGAAAUGCAUUGCCAAGUUAAUGACUCAGGCUUGCACACCACCUCUUACUUACCCGGAGCCGGAGCCCCGGUGGAAAGGAGUUCGUCCCAGAGACUGGACAGCUCGUCCGGGACGUCCCCCUGCCCCUCUAACCCCAGAUCGGUUUACAAGAGAAAGCUGGGUUUCCCAGAGGAAGAAAGGGCGGAGUUGUGGCAAAGAAAGAGGCAGUGUGUCGUCAACAUGGACGAGCAAAAAAGAAAGUAAACUCUGCAUCUGAAGUUGGAGCCAUCUGAUCGCGGACCAAAGAACUGCGGUCACAUUGAAAGCCCUUAAUAAUAAUAAUUCCAGGUAGAACUACAGCAUCUGGGGAAUUUACUUUGUUUACUUAUGUAUAAAUUUAGCGGUGUGGAGACCUGAGUUGAUAUCCUUAACUCCAGUUGUUGAGUGUCACAUAAUGUACUGAUGUCUUUAAGCGGUUACGAUUUGUUGUUUAUAUAAUAACCUAUGCACUGGUAAUGAGGAAACCUUUUUCCAUCCAUUGAUUAAAGAAAAACCUACUGUUAAAGAGGAUUGAACCUGAGUUGUUUUGACCAUGUAAACCAAACAAGUAUCUGCUAUUG